AUGUUUGGACUCGGGGCCAGCCCCCACUUCCCCGAUGCUGGAUCCUGGUGGUGUGACCCUCCAUCUCUGGCUGCCGUCGCCGACUCCCCCUGGGAUGUCGCUGAAAUAUCUGCUUGGCAGAAGCACCUGGAAGAAGAGGCGGAGCUGAGUCCCCUGCAAGGGGAGAGCAGGGAGCUCCUGACGGUGGAGGAUCCUGAGCUGGAGGCCAUCAAGGCCAAAGUCCGCAAGAUGGAGAAGGAAGACGAAUGGCUGCAGGAAUUGCAGGCUGAAGCCAAGGACCUCAUCAUGAGAUCGGACCCAGGUCUUACUUUACCAAGGACAAUUGAGGAAAAGGUUGAGGCUGACCACCGCUCCAUCUACGUGGGAAAUGUGGAUUACGGUGGCACCGCAGAAGAGCUGGAGUCCCAUUUCAACAGCUGUGGGCAGAUCAACCGAGUGACGAUCCUGUGCGAUAAGUUCUCUGGCCAUCCGAAAGGAUACGCCUACAUUGAGUUUGAAGACAAGAGCUCUGUGAAGGCGGCCACGGAGCUGGACGAGAGCACGUUCAGGGGCCGCAUCAUCAAGGUGUUGCCCAAACGGACCAACAUGCCCGGGAUCAGCACCACCGACCGUGGUGGUGGCCGGGGCCGUUUCCACGGCCGGGGGGCUCUGCCUCGCCACACCAACUUCUGUGGAGGGCAGCGGUCACGGCCCCGUGGAAGGGUGUACAGGGGCCGCGGGAGGCUGUCUCCAUGGUAUGCACCCUACUAA